AUGACAACAGAGCCGCCUUCGGCUGCAGUGCAAGGGAGCCAGGAAACGGAUGCAGUGCUGGCAACUGAACCUCAGACUGGGGUAAGUGUGCCAAAUCAACCACAUGCAGGUCAGAAGAAGAAACAAGUGUGUCGUUAUUUCAACUCGAAAAGAGGUUGCAAGGCAGGUAACCAAUGCUCAUUUGCGCACGUACAACUAGCAGAACCAACAAUCUCUGAAACCAAACCUCGAGUCCCAAAGCAGAAAGCUACGGGUGUGGAUGGCAGCGAUACUGCCACUCCCAGACGUCAGUAUGAGCCUCAGGUUGACCGUUCCAAAGUGGUCAGUAGGCCCACUCCCAAGACAGAGAAGGAGGAUCCACGAGUAUUUCAGAUGGGUCAACUUCGUCGUCGCUUUGCUCCCAUGGAAGAAACUCUCGAAGAUGCCACUCUUUUCAAGUUCAAACUGGCUCCUAGCGACCCCGACUUUCCAUUUGACCUUCCCUUCCUGGAUUGCUCUCUUACUAUACCAUUGUCUUAUCCGCGAGCCAACCCAAGUUUGCGUAUAAACAACCCGGAGAUGCCACGCGGAUUCCAACUCAACGUUGAACGUGGAUUCGACCAGAUUGUUGUUGAUUCACCGAACGCGACCCUUCUCGGCGUUUUCAAUCGUCUCGACAAACAACUCGAGACGUUGCUCUCCGGCGAGAAGGCUGACACUGUGAAGAUCAUACGAAACACACCAAGAGCCGAGCCUCAAACGCAGCCUCGACCUGCUGCUCCUGCUCCCAAGCCGCAGCAAGAACCGACUACUCGCAGUACACAAAACACUCCAUCUUUCACUACCGAACAGAAGCUGCAAGCUGAAAAGAAGCGUCAGACCGAUACCAGACAACUUGUUGCUAGAUUGGGCCGACUGCCAGGCUUCAUGAAGUCUCCCGAUGAUGUAUCGUUCACCAUCCCCUUCGAACCUACGAAGAAGAAUAUGUUACCGGAAGCUCUACGGAACCAGAAGUCGAUCCGACUAGUUGUGCCGCAGCUUUACAAUUUACAUCUGCCUCGAAUUGAGGUCAAUGGAAACCACGAUGCUGCAGCAAGAGUCCUUGAGCAGGCGUUUCAAGAAAGAGUCAAAAGUGAGACUGGAUUAAACUUGCUUGCUCAUAUUAACUACCUUACUCAACAUGCGCAUACGAUGUCCAUCGCUAGAGUUCCUACCAAUGUACCCGAGGCACAAGAGAAGCCUGAGGAGCUGCCCAGAGCAGGAAUUGUAGUCCCAAGAUCAGCCCAGCUCCCUAGUGAUGUCGUUGACCAUGCUUCUGACAAAGCUCAUAUCCAUGUCAUUCCAAGACCUCCUGAAUGGACCACCGACGGUCCAGAUGGUUGGAGCAGUGACGAUUCUUACUCUUACGACAGUGGAGAUGAAACAGAAGAGGAGGAUGCCGGUCAAUCAGAGGAACCAACAGCCAAUACGUCUGGGCUCGCUGAGCGUGGCAUUAUGUUAUCAUUCCCCAAUCUGGAGUUAUACGGCUGUGAGCUUUUGGAACUCGUCUCGCUCAGCAUCACGGUCAAGUGCGAACGUUGCAAAGAUCUACUUGACGUUCAGCGGCUGAGAAACAAUACCAAGGGAGACGUUACUGGUAUGCGUGACGAAAUUUGUAAGAAGUGUGCCAACACCCUUGCAAUUGGUUUUCGAGCGGACUUGAUCCAUCAGAACUCAGUGAGGGCUGGAUAUCUGGAUCUUGAUAGUUGUACAGUUGUUGACAUGCUCCCAAGCAAUUUCAUUCCGACGUGCUCAGAGUGCUCCACAUCUUAUCCAGCUCCAGGCGUUGUUGGAGUUCGAGGAGACUCGAUUCUGGCAAUUUGUAGGGAGUGCCAUCGUAAGAUGAGUUUCCGCAUUCCAGAAACCAAGUUCUUGCACGUAAGCGCCGCAUCAGUACGAGCAAGUCGCGCGCCCACACGUAGAAAAGUCAAGGAGAAUCUGGGCAUAGUCGCCGGGCAAGAAUUGCCCAGACGUGGUCGUUGCACGCACUAUGCAAAAUCGUAUCGAUGGUUUAGAUUCUCAUGCUGCAGCAAGGUCUACCCGUGCGACAGAUGCCAUGACGAGAUGGAGAGCCAUCCGAAUGAACAUGCUAACCGCAUGAUUUGUGGCUAUUGUUCCAGAGAACAAAACUAUAGACCGGAUGACUGUCAUUUCUGCCGCUCUAGCCUCAUUGCGAGGGUAGGCCAUGGAUUCUGGGAAGGAGGCAAAGAUGCUAACAAAUCUUGGCUCUCAGACCCUCGUAAAUACAAGCGAAGACCUGGCACCAAAGUUGGUGGUAGCUAA